GCGCAUUUAUCUGAACAUCAGCAGUUUUCACUAGCAACUGACUACAUUGCAUUGUACAUGUAAUGAAAAUGGAUUCUAGUCAGUUUUGGCUUCCUCCAGGAGUGAAAUGGUGUCGUCUCAAUCGUGGUGAUCCACUGUACCUACUGCUCGCCCCGUGGAUAGCGCUGGGCUUGUUACUGCUGAGGGCAUUUGUGGAAGAUGGGUUGCUGGCGCCUAUGGGGAAGUGGCUGGCUAUAUCUGACAGGUCCUGCACUACUCCUCAGCUGCAACCAAAACUAGAGAAGGUCUUCAAGUUAGCAAAGCAUCCAUCCAAGGAUCUGAUUUCCUCAUUGGCUAAAGAGAUAGGUUGGACACAGUACAAAGUUCAUAGUUGGUUCUGGAGGGCACGCAAUCACAAGAAGGUAUCACUGCUCACAAAGUUUAAGGAGACAGGGUGGAGAUUCUUGGCCUACUUAUCUCUUGUGGUGUAUGGAUUGUGGGCCAAUCUCAAGGAGCCUUGUGUGUGGGAUCUAUCCACCUGUUACCAUGGCUACCCCACCACACCGCCUACUAAAGAGGUGCUCCUCUACUGGGCAUUUCAACUAGCAUUUUAUUGCUCCCUUUUAGUCUCCCACUUUAAAGACAUUCGCCGCAAGGACUUCUACCAGAUGUUUGUACACCACAUAACCACAUUAGCUCUGCUGACAUUUGCUUACACUGUCAACAUGCUGCAGACUGGCAUGCUCAUUGCAUUAGUCCAUGAUCUCUCUGAUGUUCCAUUGGAGUUGGCUAAGAUGCUCCAUUAUGCUUCCUAUGAGGGACUGGCACAAGCAUCAUUUGUUUUCUUCACUCUUAUGUUUAUUCUCACUCGCUUGGUUAUCCUACCCUUCUGGCUGAUAUGGAGUGUCGCCUUUGAUAUUCCUGCCCUCCUAGGAAGCUUCCCAGCCCUCUACCUGUUCACAGGUUGUCUACUGCUAUUGCAGAUGCUCCACUUGUAUUGGUUCAAACUGAUUGCAACGAUGGUAUGGGAUCUGAUGUCUAAAAAGGAGAUGAAAGGAGACACCAGAAGUGACUCUGAGCUAUCAGAUUGCAACCUGAGCUCCAUAGACAGUCAUAGCAAUGGACUGCAAUGUGAAAGAAAAAAAUCAAUUUAAUCAAUUGAAUAUGCCAUCAAAGUAUAUGGACUAUAAUAGUACCAGAUAACAGUAUAUAUACAAUAGCUACUUUGUGCUGCACACAAUGCAUGUACACUUUAGGCCUUUAUAGUCACAAGGUUACAGCACACCUAUAAUUAUUCAUCUUUUUAUGAUUGUAUUUAUUCCCAUUCCAUCAAAAGUUAUCACGACAACCAUCA